CCUAAUUGUUGUGAUAAACUUAUUAAAUAGAUCAGAGUUGAAGUAGAAAUUCAAGCUGGAUGUCAAGGCAUACCCGCAUCCGAAAUCGAGAGGACUCGUUCUCUCAGGACUAUGAGCUAAGAGAGUAUGGCUCACUGGGAACCUCAGUUGAAGAACAGUACGAAUGGCCCCAGUCCCCCUCCACCUCCCAAUUCAUGUACUCCUCCAACGGCAACAACUUCUUCUCCCAUUAUGUGAGAAAUCCAUCAGAUGAGGCUCGCAUCCCAGAAGAAGACACGCAUGACAUGGAAGAUUUUGAUGAGUUCGAACAGGAAGAAGAGUUCGGACAGAGCUUCGAUGCUUCUACGUUGUCUUCUGUCGAUCAAGAGAAACUGAAAGCGUGUAUGGUGCAAGUUCAGAACGUGGUCGGAGACUCAAUCUGUGAUUCCCUCAUUAUUCAGAACCUCAUCAAGUUCAACUUCAAUUUAGACCACACAAUAGACGCAUUGGUCUCCAGUCCACGCAAUCGUGACAAACAGUCCAAGAUGUUCUUCUCAUCAACGCCUCACGCUAACCAAUCCCAGAUCAGCAAUACUAAAUCAAAAGCAAAUACAGAAACAGAUGCCAGUAAAAGGGUGCUACAAUUCGAUCAUCUCACAAUCACAGAAAAACAAUCAACAAUACUAAACAACAACAAAGAUACAAACAUGAAAACAGUGGAUGUGCUAACCAAUAUCGAUUCAAAAAUGUCAGACGAGAAGUCACGGAUUAGAUUAGAUUCUGCUAGUUCUGGGCCGAUUCAGUAUAACAACCAGUUUUCUAAUGUGUCUCCCCAAGUUUCAAAAACAAGUAGCAGUGACCCUGCAACCGCACCACUGUAUGAAGAACCAGUUAUGGAUGAGAAAACAAAAGCGAUGUUACUCGAGGAGACUAAAAAGCCGACGCUGAGCAUAGUUGUAAUAGGUCAUGUAGACGCUGGCAAAAGUACUCUAGUAGGUCACCUACUGUACAAAAUUGGUUAUGUUACUAAAAAGGAGAUCAACAAAUUUGAACAGGAGUCUAAGAAGGAAGGAAAAUCAUCUUUUGCUCUGGCCUGGGUUAUGGAUGAGAACGCGAGUGAACGAAGUCGGGGUAUUACUAUGGAAAUUUCUGAGAAGUAUUUUGAAACUCCGAAGUAUUACAUAACAAUUGUGGACGCCCCUGGACAUAAAGACUUCAUACCAGCGAUGAUCACAGGAGCAGCGGAAGCUGACGCUGCGGUGCUUGUUGUUGACGCUUCUGCAAAUGCUUUUGAAUCUGGGUUUAAUGCUAAAGAUUUGUCAUCUGGACAAACAGGCGAACAUUCAGUAUUAGCAAGGUCUCUCGGAAUCCAGAACUUGAUUGUUGUCGUGAAUAAAAUCGACUCUUGCGCAUCGCCUGCCGACAGAAUGACCGAAAUAGAAAACAUACUGACUCCGUUUUUGACGAAAAAGGCGGGAUACAAACCUAGUGAUAUUCAGUUUUUACCCUGUAGUGGGUACUACGGUACUAAUAUUAAAGAGAAAGGUGAUAUGACUUGGUUCAAAGGACCGACUUUGCUCGAAGCGAUCGAUUCUCUGCCUCAACCGACGAGAGCAAUUGACCAGCCGUUUUGUAUGGCCGUAACAGAUACAGUGAAAGUAUCAUCAAACAAUAUCACGGUGUCCGGAAUUGUAAAAACCGGAUUUGUCAAACAUAAUGAAAAGGUGUUUUUGCAGCCCGCGAACUUACCGACAGUCAUCAAAGGAAUCAAAGUGCUGGAUAAAACUACCCGUGGUAGCAGUACCGCUAUGGCUGGAAAUGCUUCUAUAGCAGUUGCUGGAUCUCAUUUACAUUGUGUACUUAACAUCGACAGUGCCUCGGUAGUGCCUGGGAGUUUUGUAUGCGCGCAUAACAAUAAUAAUCAAACGAUGUUAGUAACGAGUUCUUUCUACGCCAGAAUCGUGACUUACAGUUCCAGUGAGAUUUUAACCAGAGGAGCCGCAGCUGAGAUGCAUUACAUAACUCUUCAAGAGCCAGUUUACAUUAAGAAAAUAGUGGGUCUGUUGGACAAAUCAGGUGCUGUUACAAAACGCAAUCCGAAAUUCGUGCCUAAAAGUUCACAAGCGAUGGUUAUAAUAUCAACCCAGAGAAACAUUUGCGUGCAGUUAUUUAAUACAAGUAAAAUUCUAGGCAGGUUUAUGUUGAGAGUGAAUGGAACUACAGUUGCGGCUGGAGUGGUCGAUAAAGUUUCGUGAUCAUAAUUUUGACGACCGUUUACUGUGCAUUUAAAUAAAUACGUAUCUAUCCUUGGAAUUAGUAUUGUGUAAAUGGGAAUUCAGUUAAAAAUCCGCUUUCAUAUCAAUUCAUAGUCAUCACCUGUAGAAAGUUCAGGCA